AUUUAUUUGAAAGGUUUUGUAAGAGAUAAGACCCGGCAAUGUGUGUUGCCGUCCGAAUGUGUGGCCCCACCCGUGCGUCAGGAGAGACGUCGUCCCCGAUAUAGACCAAAGACCACGACAUCACUGGAGACGACGACGACCACCGCUAUACCAGCGCCGGGUAAGUGCGGCCGUAAUGAACACUACAGUAAGUGCGGGUCGACAUGCAAUCAGACCUGCCAUACGACACACAACACACUUUGCAUAGAGGAGUGUAAUGUCGGCUGUUUUUGCGACGAAGGCCUCCAUAGAAACCUGGAUGGCGUUUGUGUCCCGAAGGAUCAGUGCACGUGUACUCUAUUGGCCGAAGAGUGCGAAUGUGAGGACAGUGUGAAUGAAGAGUACUAUUGGUGUUAUAACGAGUGCGGCAGGACUUGUGGCGAUUGGAAACAACCGGCAGAUGAUAGAUGUGACAAAUGCUCCAGAGGUUGCUUCUGCAAAGAGGGACUCGCACGAAACGAAAACGGACAGUGCGUUCAGCCAAAAGAGUGUCACAACUCGUUGGCUGAACCCAAAUGUAAGGCCAACGAAGUAUAUAAGGAGUGCGGGUCUGACUGCGGCCGACACUGUCGAGAGAUGGCCCACAAAUCUGAGGGCCCGUCGCAAUGCUUUUCGUGCAGUGCCGGCUGUUAUUGCGAUCACGAUUUCUAUCGGUCACACGACGGCCGGUGUGUCCCGGAGUCGCAAUGCGUGGCCCAAAACUAUCGACUCGAGAGGGAGUGCGGUCUCAACGAAGAGUUCUCGUUCUGUGGCAACGAGUGCGGCACCAAU